UUUCCCCCCCUCCUUUCGCACCUUGCACCCUCUUCUCCAGAACCUGUCUGUGCACCUUUGCACCCUCCCGGCCUGCCUCUGGCGCGGUGUUCUGGUUGACGCCGGGGGUGCUCGUUGGGCUCGGUGCAGCUGUGUGCGCUGCUGUGUGAUUACACAAUGUGUCUGAGGUGAACGGGCAAAAAAAAAAAAAGAGAAGUGGAAGCUGUGAAAGCCGAGGCUUCCUGUUUAAAGACAGAGAGAAAGAAAGAGAAGAGAGAGAGGCUGCGACAGUCCUCACCAUGAGACCGUUCUGGUGACAGGAGACCGUUGGAAAGGUCCUUCAACAGGUGGGGUCAUUGAGAGCGGAAAGACGGGGCAAAGCUCUCGCGGUUAGCACCGGCACACCGGGACUGAGGAUCUCCUCCUGGGGAAAAUUUUUGUGAGACCAGAAAACUCAGAAAGAGGAAGAAGAUAGAAGAGUUUGUUGUCCGUGUGACAGUGACGUUUUCCCCGGGUGGACAGAGAGAGAGGCUGCGACAGUCCUCACCAUGAGACCGAUGGAAAGGUCCUUCAACAGGUGGGGUCAUUGAGAGUGGAAAGACGGGGCAAAGCUCUCGCGGUUAGCACCGGCACCGGGACUUUUUGUUGGCUCCCCGAAUAAGACCAGAAAGAGGAAGAAGAUAGAAGAGUUUGUUGUCCGUGUGACUGGACAGCGACGUUUUCCCCGGGUGGCCAGAGAGAGAAGAGAGAGCGUCAAGGAUGGUCAGGUGGUUUCACCGGGACAUCACCGGCAAGGAGGCCGAUGACAGACUGAAAGCGAGAGGCGUCCCUGGGAGUUUUCUGGUACGGCCCAGCAAGAAACGGCCGGAGGACUUCUCUCUGUCUGUCAGAUUGGAAGACUCCGUCACACACAUCCGGAUACAGAACACGGGCGACUACUACGACUUGUAUGGCGGUGAACAGUUCGCCACGUUGUCUGAGUUGGUGGAAUAUUACACAGGACAGCACGAGUGUCUACAGGAUACCGAUGGAACCUUCAUCCCGCUGAAAUACCCGCUGAACUGUGCCGACCCCACCAGCGAGCGCUGGUACCACGGUUAUCUCUCCGGACCCGAUGCAGAGAAGCUCCUCCAGGAGAAGGGAGAACCGUGGACUUUCCUGGUCCGAGAGAGCCGCAGCAAUCCGGGAGAUUUCGUCACCUCCGUCCUCACCGCAGACAUGAAGGAUGGAAAACCACGCGUGACCCAUAUCAAGAUCAUGUGUGAGGGUGAGAGAUAUACUUUGGGAGAUGUAAAAUACGACACGCUCACAGACUUGAUUGAGGCGUACAAGAAGAAGCACAUAGAAGAGGUAUCCGGGGCCCGUGUGUAUCUCAAGAAGCCGUACUACUCUACCAGAGUCAAUGCUGCCGACAUAGAGAGCCGCAUGAAACAACUGGACAAAAAGUCUGAAAAAGAGGAGGCGGCCAAAGCAGGAUUCUGGGAGGAGUUUGAUGCUCUCCAGAAACAAGAAUCUAAUUUGCUCUACGAGAGAAAAGAGGGUCAGAGACCAGAAAACAGAAGCAAGAACCGCUACAAGAAUAUCCUUCCAUUUGAUCACACGAGGGUCGUGUUACGGGGGAGAGAUCCGAAUAUUCCCGGAAGUGAUUAUAUCAACGCCAACUACGUGUCGAACCUUCUCUGGGGAGACGAGGAACCCCUCAAACAUUUCAUCGCUUGUCAGGGGUGCCUGGGGGCCACCACAGGAGACUUCUGGGAGAUGAUGUGGCAGGAGAACAGCCGGAUCAUCGUGAUGACCACCAAGGAGAUGGAGAAGGGGCGGACGAAGUGUGUGCCGUACUGGCCGGACGCGGGCACCGGCGCUAAGGAGUUCGGACGUUUCUGGGUGGAGUUGGUGUCAGAACAUGAAGCCAAGGGGUAUUUCACUCGCACUUUACAAGUCUCACUUUCCGAACAUCGCGAUGAGGCCAGAGAGAUUGUCCACUAUCAGUACCUGAACUGGCCCGAUCAUGGGGUCCCAGAUGACCCGGGAGGUGUCCUGAGUUUCAUUGGAGAGGUCAACCGAAUGCAGGAGAGCAUUCCAGGAGCCGGGCCCAUCAUUGUACACUGCAGCGCUGGGAUUGGCCGCACCGGAACCAUCAUCGUCAUUGACAUGUUGCUGGACAUCAUUCAUACAAAAGGUCUGGACUGCGAUAUCGAUGUUCAGAAGACCAUUCAGAUGGUACGAUCCCAGCGCUCAGGAAUGGUCCAGACAGAGGCUCAAUAUAGGUUCAUCUACACCUCUAUCGCACAUUACAUCGACUCCGCCAAGCACAAGCUGCGAGCGCUCGAGAAAACAAAGGCCGUGGAGUCGGAAUACGGGAACCUUGCGCCCGCCAUGUCCAAGAUGAAAGUGACGCGAAGCCCAUCAAAGCCUAAAGACGAGGGAACCCUCUAUGAGAAUUUAAAUGCCAAGAAAGAUAAAAAGGAAAAAGUCAACAAGAAAAUGUCCUCUGAGCGAGAAAAGAGCCGAACUUCCGUGAAGAAAAAGUAACUCGGAGAUCUCCGGCGUGCCGCCAGUUCCUGGGCGUGACCAGACCAGUAUUCCUGCAGCUUGAACCGCGCACUGUUCCCACGCGUCUUCCUCCUGAAAUCUUCCUUCUGUUGUUCAACCCCCCCCCCUUUUUUUUAUUUUUGUUGCUGCCUCCCCUCCCCCCCCUCUUUACCCUUUUUGUCUCCUUCCAACCUGACCUGGAAAAUGUUUACUUGAACCUCGGAUAUGAAAUAAAUAAUUUAAUAAAGUGUUGCGCACCGA